AUGUGCUACUGUAUUUCCGACUGUGUGAUGAUCGUUCUUUCGGUCUUAUUCCCUCCCUUGCCGGUAUGGAUUAGAAGAGGUUUCUGUUCGUCAGAUUCGCUCAUUAACAUCUUAUUAUGUAUCCUAGGCUAUUUCCCUGGUUUGAUCCACUCGUGGUACAUCAUCGCCAAAUAUCCGCCUUACAGCUCUGAAACGAAGGUGUUCUAUGUAUAUAGGAGCGACUUGGAAAACCAGACGCCCAGAGGUUCUGAUCACCAUGUGCAUAUUCACCAGCACUGCGAACAGCAACCACAACGCCAGCAAGCCCAAAAGCCAAUCGUCAACCAGCCCUUAUGUGUAGAAACCCCUCAACCUCAAUAUGGUGCUGUCACAGAAGGUUCGUCGUCUGGUGCCCCUCCUGCUUACACAGAAUUCGACAACAAGAACCAGCAUUGA